UUCCGCAUAGGUGUUGCUCUGUGACUGGAAGUAAAGUUCAACAAUGGAGAUUUAACUGUUUAUUCUGAAAUUUAGCACGACACUCAUUCAUAUCUGUUCCGCCUCACGACCUCAUCGGAAGGCUCAUAUUUAAGGCUUUUCUGCAUGUAACAGCAGGACUGUUAGUUAUACAUUGGUGACAGCUUAUCUGCAGUGGUGUGUUGACUGUGGUAUGGAGGAUGGAUUGCUGUUUAUGUGAAAUAUUGCAGUGUUUGCUGAUACUGGCGCUGAUCGCCUUACUUUUGGUUGUUGUUAUUGCUCAUGUCAGUGCUACGAUGGUAGAUCAGACACGCCAUGAGAAGGAGAAAUACUUCAAUACUGCAGAGGGCAAGAAGGAGUCUUUCCCCAGUCUGUUGGAGCCUCACUCACUGGAGCUGUCUGUGGUGGUCCCUUCAUACAAUGAGGAACUCAGAUUGCCUGCCAUGAUGGAUGAAGCCAUGGAAUACCUGGAGAAAAGACAGAAGAAGAAUCCAUCAUUCACAUAUGAAGUCAUUGUAGUAGAUGAUGGCAGCAAAGACAAUACUACUGAGGUUGCCUUGAGAUACACAAAGAAGUAUGGCGCACAAAAAGUGAGAGUGUUGACGUUGGUGAAAAACCGUGGAAAAGGUGGUGCAGUGAGAAUGGGAACUCUAUGUUGUCGUGGGCAGCUAAUUCUUAUGGCCGAUGCAGACGGAGCCACUAAAUUUGCUGACAUUGAAAAGGUGGAAGCUGGCCUUCAGAGCAUCAGCCCCAAGCCUGAUAACAUGGCGAUCUCCUGCGGGUCCAGAGCUCACCUGGAACAAGAAUCAGUGGCUCAGCGAUCAACGUUUCGAACGUUCCUGAUGUAUGGAUUCCACUUCCUGGUGUGGUUCUUCUGUGUAAGGGGGAUUAAAGACACACAAUGUGGAUUUAAGCUCUUCACUCGUGAAGCAGCCUUGAAAACCUUCUCCAGCCUGCAUGUGGAACGUUGGGCAUUUGAUGUGGAAAUUCUGUUUAUUGCUCAGUGUUUCAAAAUCCCUAUAGCAGAAGUGGCUGUUAACUGGAUGGAGAUUGAAGGGUCAAAGUUGGUGCCGUUCUGGAGUUGGCUGCAGAUGGGACAGGAUCUUGUCUUUAUCAGACUGCGUUACCUCACUGGUGCCUGGAAGCUGGAGUCUGACAGAAAAACCCAGUAGCCCUUGUUACUGCUAGUGUGCUGUUCUGGCAGAGGCUUGUGAGGGCCGACGGUUAAUCGACAGCCCAUUGCCACAAAUUAAAUGUACUGUGUAUGCAAUCAGUGAACAGCAUUACCAUUUUAUCAAUACUGACUGUGCCGUGGCCAUAUAAGGGGAUUGUUCAUGUAUUAUUUCUAUUAUUUUAUUACUGUAUUCCUUGUUUCUUUUUUUUCUGGUUUGAAAAGGGCAGAUGGUUGUUGCCCAAAUAAAAAAACUCAGUUAAGUGGCAUUUCUGCAUUUACAAUACAUUUGAAAAUGUUGAAAAUAUAAUGCAAAAACAGAUGGAGCCAAUGAUGCAGUUUUUACAAUUCACUUAGACACACAGUUCACCCAAAAAUGAUGUGUGACUGUCUUCUGCUGUACAAAAAGAGAUUUCAGCUCUGUAGGUCCAUGCAAUGCAAGUGAAUGGGUGCCAAAAUGUUGAAGCUCCAAAAUGCACAUAAACAGCAUUGAAGCACUCUAUAAGACUAGUGGUUAAAUCCAUAACUUCAGAAGCUAUAUGAUCUGUGUGUGGGUGAGAGAAAAAAAUCUACAUUUAAGUCUGUUUUUACCAUAAAUUCUAGUCCCUGCCCAGUAGGUGGCGAUAUGCACAAACAAUGCAUAUCACCAAAUACAAAAGAAGAAGAAUGUGAAAGUGGAGAGUGACAGUAAAAAAGGAUUAAAAUAUUCAACUGUUUCUCACCCACAACUAUCAUAUUGCUUCAGAAGAUAUAUAUUUAACCACUGGAGUCAUCUGGAUUACUUUUAUGCUGUGUUUAUGUGCAUUCUGGAACUUCACAAUUUUGGCACCCAUUCACUUGCAUUGUAUGGAUCUACAGAGCUGAAAUAUUCUUUUAAAAAUCUUGGUUUGUGUUUAGGAGAAGAAAUUAAGUCAUACACACCUGAGAUGUCAUGAGGGCGAGUAAAUGAGAGAAUUUCGAUUUUUGGGUGAAUUAUCCCUUUAAAUUUGAUCAAGGUUUUUUUUAAGAGAAUAAUGCCUUUAAAACAAGAACAGAUGGCUGUUUGUGAAAUAAGAUCAUUAAAUGCCUGCUCUCUGCAAAGUAAUUUUGAUUUAUAUGUGAUAUCAAAUGAAUUGAAUUGCAAUUCCAACAGAAAUGUUGGAGUGUAUGUUAAAAAUCCAUGCCUCAAAUCAAAUUUUCACUCGAGCACGUUUGGUUUAAAAAGUCAGUGAAAGCGUAUGGUCCAUGGUCUGGCUUGUACUCAUGGCUUUGUAAUGUGGCUUACGCAAUGGGCUGCUCUGCACCCCUGGGAGAGUAUCCUGUUUGUCUCCUGUCUGGCUCUCCUCCUGAAGUCAUUUGUUCUUAUUCAGCUCUUUAAUCUUCUCAACCAGGGACUAUUUAAACGUUUUAUAUUGUGAUAGACUAUUUUAAAGUAAGUAAUUUAAGCAUAUGUCGAUAUAUUGUAUAUUUUUCCAUUCACUAAGUCUUAAAUUACUGACAUGUCUAUAUUUAAGUGAUCUUGUACACCUUGAUGUGAUAGGAUCAUUUUGCAGUGUCUUUUUAUUGGAAACAAAUUCCCCUGCCAGACUCGUUUGAUCAAAGAGCGCACUAAAUAUGCGGGCUGUCAUUAUUGGGAGUAUUGUUACGUUUCCCAGCAGUUGUUGUAAACUGAAAAUGUCAAACUUCUAGACUCUCUGUCGCCAUCCUGGCUUGCGUCAUUAAAUGGACAAAUCACUGUACGCACACAAUCGAAAAGUAUCCAUCCGCACUGAGGAGAGUUGGAGAAAUAGGUCUAUCGAUAGAACUUUCUGGCGCUCUGCCAAAAUUGAAGUCUGUUUUGAUUUUUACUAUGGUAGCUGCCUUGCACCCACUCCUUUUAACUUUAAUUUCAGGGCUAAAAAUUAUAACAGGUAAUGUAUUGUUACUUACAAAAAAUGCAGCAUGUAAACAUUUCAAUAAAACACCUGGGAUUUGUUUCCCGUACUUGAUCGAAAUUAAUAUGUUGACAUUUCUUAUUUUAGUUUUGCACUCCAAGCGAUGAUAACUGCAAAAAAUGACUUUGGCCGGCAC